AGCUAGCGUAACAAGAGGGACAGACCCCAAGUGUUAUUUUGAAUUUGCUCGAAAACACCGACUGCGGGAGGGGGCUAGCGCCUGUUAAGAAAAAAGAUGGCGGAUGUUGGAGACGAAGAAACUCGGCCAGGUCUCCCCACGGCAUUCCGCAACGGUCCGGUUGUGGGUUCGUCUACGGCGGGCACCGCGGGCCAGAACGCUGCGACGGUAACGUCAGGUCCGCGGAUAGUUCGCAUCGUCAAGUCGGAGUCUGGCUAUGGUUUCAAUGUUCGCGGUCAGGUCAGCGAAGGGGGACAGCUUCGGAGCAUCAACGGGGAACUGUACGCUCCUCUCCAGCACGUCAGCGCUGUUUUGCCCGGAGGAGCAGCAGACCGAGCAGGGAUAGCGAAGGGCGACAGGAUCCUGGAGGUGAAUGGGGUGAACGUGGAAGGUGCAACUCACAAGCAGGUUGUGGACCUGAUCCGCGCAGCAGAGAAGGAGCUGGUUCUGGCUGUGUUGUCUGUCCCGCCUCAAGAAGCCGAUGGUUUAGAAGGUGGAGAGGAUAUCCAACCUAACUACGAUUACAGUGACAAGCAGGCAGUGCCCAUUUCUAUUCCCACAUAUAAGCAUGUCGAGCAGCACMCUGAGAGGUUUGUGGUGUACAAUGUGUACAUGUCAGGAAGACAGCUGUGCUCAAAACGCUACCGCGAGUUUGCCAUCCUGCACCAAAACCUAAAGAGAGAAUUUUCAAACUUCAACUUCCCAAAGCUUCCCGGUAAAUGGCCCUUCUCGCUCUCCGAGCAGCAGCUGGACGCUCGCCGCAGAGGCCUGGAGGAAUAUCUGGAGAGAGUGUGUUCAGUGCGGGUUAUAGGAGAGAGUGACAUCAUGCAGGAGUUUCUCUCUGAAUCAGAUGAGAAUUACAACGGUGUGACAAAUGUGGAACUGCGGAUAGCCCUGCCAGAAAAGACCACCAUCUCCGUCAGGGUCCGUAAAAACAGUACUACAGACCAGGUGUACCAGGCGUUAGUGCUUAAAGUUGGAAUGGACAGUAUUAUGGCAAGCUACUUUGCUCUUUUUGAAGUCAUCAACCAUUCCUUUGUGAGGAAGCUCGCACCAAAUGAGUUCCCCCACAAGCUUUAUGUGCAAAACUACACAUCAGCUGUUCCGGGAACGUGUUUAGCGCUCCGCAAAUGGUUGUUUAGCAUCCAGGAGGAGGAGUUACUCAGAGAUAACCCGCUGGCAUUGCACUACUGCUUCCACCAGGCACUGGAUGAUGUGAAGAAGGGAUUCAUAAAAACAGAGGACAAAUCCUACCAGCUGCAGAAACUGGCGGAGCAGCGCAAGAUGGCCACGUACCUAAGCCUGUUACGGACAUGUGAGGGCUACAAUGAGGUGGUCUUCCCCCACUGCUCCUGCGACUCCAGGAGGAAGGGCCAUGUCAUCACAGCUAUCAGCAUCCAUCACUUCAAGCUGCAUGCYUGCACUGAGGACGGCACGCUGGAGAACCAGGUAAUAACCUUUGAGUGGGCAGAGAUGCAGCGCUGGGACACUGAUGAAGAGGGGAUGGCUUUCUGCUUCGAGUACGCUCGAGGAGAGAAGAAACCUCGCUGGGUUAAGAUUUUCACUCCAUAUUUCAACUACAUGCACGAGUGCUUUGAGCGAGUCUUCUGUGAACUGAAGUGGAGGAAACAGGUUGAGGAAGAGGCCUCCGAUAAAGACAACAAGAACUGCAGCAACAAUGAGUAUCUGCCUCCUCUGGAGACGCAGCAGAAGGGAUGGUGCCACCUAGGGGGCGAAAUCGCUACUUCCUAAACUACGUCUGCUGUCACUCAAAUCAGAACUGAUCCACUCGCAUCAUCACAGCCACCCCGGACAGCGCCCAUCGAUUUAAACCACGGAAUUGACAGACGGAGGCCGCCAGUUUGGGGAAACUGGAAAAGUCGCCCUUGAAACAAAUCCAGAGACGGACAGAAUGAGAAGGAGGGGGAAUAAAAUCACCAUAAACCAGCUUUCCAUGUAAUUUACUAGAUCCUCAUAGUGUGUCUGUUGUUUUUCCUCCAUGCCUCUGCCUCUGCGAUGUUGGGCUCAACAGCAGCAGAUCCUCAGUGGACGAGAUGAGACGUGUCAGUUCAGUGGCUGGCUGCUCAGGUCUGACACGGCACAGUGGGAAGCAUUGUCGCAAAGCGGACCACCUCAYAGAAAUCCGAUGAAAAGAGACGAGUUCUGGGAUGGAGAUUUGACAGUCAGCUUUUCUGACAGACACAUUCAGCCCAAAUCCUGCAGCUUGAGCCCCGAAUGGAACCGAGCUGAGAUAAAAAGAAAAAAAAACAAGAGAAGGUGGGGGAGUCCAUCAAUAAAUGGGUUUUCUGUUUCUUUCACAGUCAAAUGAUUAAAAAAAGAAAAAAAAGUCAUGCUUCACACUGAUGCUGGACAUUAACAUAUUUUUUCUAUUUCUGGGUUUGUCAGAAUAUAAGCAGCACAAAUGUCACAAAGGAAAUGGACGUGRUCAGAAUUAUUUGUAUGUUUAACGAUCAUGCUUCUGAUAAAAUAUAGAUUAAUAUAAGAGCAGUAAAAGUUUUUUUCUUCAUCUAAUUGAGUUACGUUCAGGAUGUAUUAACUAAUCUCCAUUUUCCACCUUUUCAUGUGUCUAACCCARUCUGCAGAGUGACGUCUGUUGGCAGGCAGCCAUUAAUCUCAGUGUAUGGAUAUUUUAUCCCCAUUGCAAGUGUUUUAUAGAGGCUAUUUAACCGAGCUUUGGAGCUGAGAGGAGGCGCCGUUGUCGUCCUCAGCUCCGCAGGACUAAUCUCUCCAACAAAAAGGUUGAUGGGCCAAAGCGUUAAUGUUAUUGAAAUGUCACAUCMUACACGGCGGGGACCCUCACUGACAGAAUUGUGAAUAUAAACACAACAGGAUUUAUGAGCGUGCGGGGUGCAGUUCUCCGGGCAGGCAGCAGGUGGCAGUGGAGCUUAAGGCGGAGUAAGUUUGCGAGCUCAAAUGGAAAUCUCAGUGAUCCCCUCUGGGGUUGUAAGUCACGAAAAGUAUCACUCCUCUGCAGUUUGUCCAUGAAGUACGUCGGGAUGUAAGAUGACGUAUCGUACAGAAAGUAGAGRGUGAAGUAAUUUAACUGCUACCAUAGCAUCAGUUUAACGUCUGCCUCUUACUGUGCAUACAUGGAUACAGUAUUAGUCAUGUGCAUCUGCGCAUAACAUGAUUAAAUUAACRACACUUGUGAAUUUCUGUUAUACAGAUGUUAGGGUUAUUUAUGUUUUUAUUUAGAUCUUUUUCACCUUAAUCUCAGCUGAACUGUAAAAAGGCAGACACUGACAAAAAAAAACAGAUUUUACCUCAGUGCUGGAGUUUUCUUGGUUUAUCCCAUUAAGGGCUAGAAUUAAUCUCUACCAAUUAAUUACUGACUCAUUUCUGGGCUUCACUCACAAUUUGGUCCAAAAGCCUGAAGUUCAGAAUGUUUUUUUUUUCUUUUUAUAAUAAAUUAUAGAGCACAAGUUUGACUUCUGCAGAUGCUUCAGGUUUUGCAUGUCUCUGGUGUUCCUGUGCUUUCAGUCAGCUACCGUGGAGCGUGCUCGUGUGUCCUCUGUGUUUAUCAUUGACAUUGCUGAUAAGCCUGCAGGCUCUGAUUGGACGUGUCUGAUGAGCUGUCGGUGUGGGGGCCGACAAAUGAAGAUGGAAUUUAUUUUUAUUUGUAAGACAGCAGCYGUGGAUGAAUUUAGACAAAUGAGAAGUGGGGUUUUMUUUGUUUGUUUUCAAGCUGAACCCACACAGAUAUCCCCUUCUAUCCGCUACACUGUAACAGAAUUGUAUGUGAAGCACAAUAAAUUUGACACCUAAUAGUUGUUUCUCAGUGACACAGCAGUAUGUGUUUGUGUUUUACACAAGCAGCUUGAUUGAGAAACAUAGAUUGCCAGGAGGUCAUUUUGACAGCAAAACCCACCAGAGAUGGAUAAUGUCAGAACUGCAGCUGCUCAKCCCUGAUGUUUCUGUUUUUUAAUUAAUAUUAAUUAAAUUUCCUGGGAAACAGAAAA